AUGCUCGCGUCCCUCGACGCGACGGUGACGCCGCGCCUCGUCGCCGUCGACGUCGACCCCUUUUCGAAGCUGGUGACCGCCGUCUUCGGCGCCGCGGGCGCCGCGGCCGACGCGCUGGCCGACGACUUCACGCCGCGGGACGCGCUCGCCGACGGCGCGAGCCCCGCGGCGCUGGGCGCCGCCUUCGCGGCGGCGCUCCGGGCCGCCGCGGGCGUCGAGGCGCCGGCGAAGACGUGGGUCGACAAGGCGCUCCAGCUCCGGAGCGUCCUGUCGCUGAGCACGGGCGCCGUCGUCGUCGGCGGCGCGGGCGUCGGCAAGUCGACGCUGAUUUCGUGCGUGCUCAAGGGUCUCGAAGCUCUCGACGGCGUCGCGGGCGUCGCCUACGUCGUCGACCCCAAGGCGCUCGUGGCGCCGAACUACAAGGAGCUGCUCUUCGGCCGGUUGGACGCGACGACGCUCGAGUGGACCGACGGCCUGUUCACGGCCGUCGUCCGCGCGGUGCGCGCGAACGACUUCGGGGAGCUGCGCAAGCGCCACUGGGUCGUCUUCGACGGCGACGUCGACCCGGAGUGGGCCGAGAACCUCAACUCCGUGCUCGACGACAACAAGACGCUCACGCUCCCGAACGGCGAGCGCCUCGCGAUCCCGCCCGUCGUCAAGCUGCUCUUCGAGGUCGAGGACCUCAGCCGGGCGACGCCGGCGACGGUGAGCCGCUGCGGCGUGCUCCACGUCGACGCGGACGUCGUG